UAAAUGAAAAAUUGGAAAAAGUUGAUGGUCUUUCUCUUCCCAUAACCGUUGUCUGCUUAGCUUUGAAAAAAAGCUAAACCCACAGCUUGCUUUAUAAUCUAAUGUCACCUCUCCCGCCAUUCUAGAACUACUUUCCACGAAACCUAUCGCAACAAUGAUUUCGCCCAAUCAUCUUGGGUUCAAUAUAUCAACAAAACCUUGGGGUGUUACUGGAAUAGAAUGUCGAGGAAGUAGAGAAGCACUGUAUUCUGAAACACCCGUUGAUGUAAUCAAUAGUGGGCACUCCUCUGGAAAAAUCAUAUCAAUAUCAGCAAUGCCUCAUUAUCAAAACAAAAGUCAUGAAGUGUUGAGGUUUGAGGACUAUAAGCUAAAAAAGGGAAGUAGAGAAGCACCGUAUUCUGAAACCUCAGGUGAUGUAAUCAAUAAUGGUCACUCAUUUGGAAAAAUGAUAUCAAUAUCAGCAAUGCACCAUUACCAAAACAAAAGUCAUGAAGAGUUGAGGUUUCAGGACUAUGAGCUAAAAAAGGGAUUCAACAUAUCAACAAAACCUUGGGAUGUUACUGGAACAGAAUGUCGAGGAAGUAGAGAAGCACCGUAUUCUGAAACACCAGCUGAUGCAAUCAAUAGUGGGCAUUCCUCUGGAAAAAUCAUAUCAAUAUCAGCAAUGCCUCAUUACCAAAACAAAAGUCACGAAGAGUUGAGGUUUCAGGACUAUGAGUUGCACAAGGGGUUCAACAUAUCAGCAGAAUGUCGAGGAAGUAGAGAAUCACCAUAUUCUGAAACACCAGGUGAUGGAAUCAAUAGUGGGCACUCCCCUGGAAAAGUCAUAUCAAUAUCAGCAAUGCCUCAUUACCAAAACAAAAGUCAUGAAGAGUUGAGGUUUCAGGACUAUGAGCUGCACAAGGGAUUCAACAUAUCAACAAAACCUUGGGGUGUUACUGGAACAGAACGUCGACGAAGUAGAGAAGCACCAUAUUCUGAAACACCAGGUGAUGGAAUCGAUAAGGGGCACUCCUCUGGAAAAAUCAUAUCAAUAUCAGCAAUGCCUCAUUACCAAAACAAAAGUCAUGAAGAGUUGAGGUCUCAGGACUAUGAGCUGCACAAGGGAUUCAACAUAUCAACAAAACCUUGGGGUGUUACUGAAAUAGAAUGUCGAGGAAGUAGAGAAGCACCGUAUUCUGAAACACCAGCUGAUGCAAUCAAUAAGGGGCACUCCUCUGGAAAAAUCAUAUCAAUAUUAGGAAUGCCUUGUUACCAAAACAGAAGUCAUGAAGAGUUGAGGUUAGAGGACUCCGAGCUGCAAAAGGGAAUAGCAGGUCGAGGAAGUAGAGAAGCACCGUAUUCUGAAACACCAGAAGGUGAUGGAAUCAAUAGGUGGUGCUCCCCUGGAGAAAUCGUAUCAAUAUCAGCAAUGCCCCAUUACCAAAACAGAAGUCAUGAAGAGUUGAGGUUUGAGGACUCUGAACUACAAAAGGGGUUCUUCCAUAUCUCUACAAAACCUUGGGCUGUUACUGGAAUAGAAUGUCGAGGAAGUGGAGAAGUACCAUAUUCUAAAACACCAGAAGGUGAUGGAAUCAACACUGGGAACUCUGAGCUACAAAAGGGAUCUAGUUUCCCUUGGCAGUAUCCAUUUAAACAAUCAAGCUGUGUUUCUCAUCCUCUCACUUCUCCUGUGCCAUCAAGUCAGUCAUCUUUUGAUUCUCUUUGGGGAACGACAUUUGGUACAUCAACUGCUGCAUAUGCGAAACCAACAUUUGGCAGCACAAGCACGGGUUUUGAUCCUUUUCCAUUUGGUGGUUCAAGCGCUGUUGGAUCUGUUGGUCGAGAUCCAAGAACUUGUGCUUUCGGAACAUCUAGCACCAACAUGUUCAGUGCCACAAACAACUCGACACUUGGUCUUCUCAUUACAUCGUCAACUAUAUCUGACACUUCCAACAAUUCUGUGUUAAAUGCUUUUGGGUUCGGUCAUGGUUCGUCUUCUGAUUCUGAAAGCAGCAGUAUAUUUGGAAGUCAGAGUUCUUCUGCAGGAUCCAUUGUCACAACUGAAACUAAAUAUGAAGGAAGUAGGCAAGAAUUUUCUGCAACAGAGGUAGUUCCAAGAGAAAAUGAAAGAGAUGUUUCAAAAUUUCAGUCCAUUUCUGCAAUGCCAAUUUACGAACAUAAAAGUCACGAGGAGUUGAGGUCAGAGGAUUAUGGACUAUGUAAUGCAUGUUAUAAAGAACCUUCGAUCAUCUCCUCAUCAUUCAUGAAGUCUACCCCAGUAACAUCGUCAGAUCCUUGCUCUUCUUUCGCGAAUGCAUCACAGCCUCAACAGACUGCUGAAAAAGUAGGACCCAUUUCAACUAAUGACCUGAAUACACCAUCUCAAGCUUCAAGUGGCCUGCCAAUAGUGACCGAGUUUACCAGUCAAAACAUCAAUGGACCACAGUACACUCCUUCAAGCAAUUCACUUGUGCAGUCUGUGACAUCAAUACUUCAUGGAACACCCACUCAGGAGCCUAAUGGUAGAAGCAGUGAGACUAAGUUGCAGGUGAAGUUUUGCGUUGAUGAAGAAGCUAAUGGUUCAGUAGCCCCUUUGCUGCCACGGAAGAAGCCCAGAGCUUGGGUCAAUAUCACCUCACCGUCUCUUUAUACGGCUCAAGGCAGCAAAGGUGAUGAGGUCAAAGAGAGUUGUAGUUGUGUACAAAUUAUGGAAAUAAAUGAAGACAUGCAUGCCCUACUGAAUCAGCACGAAGUUGAAGUCGCUGCAACAACUGAAUAUGUUUUAGCACUACUGCCAAAGCUUCCCGAUGGAGUUGAAUAUUACACAGAACCUUCACUGCGCAAGCUGGCAGCUAAGGAAAUAGCAGAAGCAGGAUUCUGCAGGCGUGUGAAGGACUUUGUUGUGGGAAGGAAGGGUCAUGGAAGCAUCAAGUUUCUUGGAGAAACAGAUGUCUGCCAUCUCGAUGUUGAAUCCAUUGUGCAGUUGAACAAUCGGCAAGUGAUCGUUUAUCCGAACGGGAGAAAGAAGCCACGAGAUGGGGGACAGGGUAACAAGACAGCUGAGGUCAGUCUGCUCAAUGUCAAAUGCAUCAGCAAAAAGACAGGAAAGAAGUAUGUUGAAGGGCAUCCAGUUGAGAGUUACAAAGAGAUGUUGGUCAAAAUGAUUCGAGAACGUGGAGCGGAGUUUGAUUCAUAUGAUCCAGUUGAAGGGGAACUGAAAUUUAGGGUUAAACUCUUUUAGCUAGACUUAUCUGAAUUAGGAUCAUUUGGUUUCUUAACUGCCUUAGUUUUGUCUACUAGUUAAUCUUUGAGUUGCAAAAAUGUGAAGGUUGUGAAUA